CUCAUUAACUUUCUGUUUCUCUUCUCUCUCUUAAGUUGAAACUUGAAAAAUCAGAUUCCUUUUAUAUUAUUCCUCAAACCAUUUCUGAUUUUCCCUUACAUUUUCUUCCUUAAAUUCCCAAGAAACAAACACUCUUUUCUUUCCCUUUUCUUUCUUCAAAAUUCCUCAGAUCUCUCUCUCAAAAAUGAGAGAUUUUGUUUCUUGUUUUAGUGAACACUCCAUUAACAUUUCUCAUCCUUCUUGCUCUAGCUACUCCAAUGCCGCCGUCGCCGCCGUCUCUGCCGUCGUAUCUCCUCCCUCGCCGUCAGUGAAAACAGCCGUCACAAGUCUUUACGCCACCACUCUCUCCGCCGCCCACAAUCAAACGAUGAUGAUUUCAGUGACGUGGAUGAAAACCCACUCCGCUCAAAGCUUAGCCAUAAAUUUCACCCAAUCUCCGGCCGCCAUAGCCUUCAAACUCGACACAACCGCCCGAUUCUUCAAGAAAAACAAAGGGUCAAAGUCCUACGACUUUCAAUCCUCCAAAAUCGAAAUCCUCUGGGAUCUCGCCGCCGCCAUUUACGACGGUGGACCGGAACCUAUUUCAGGAUUUUACGUUUUGAUAACAGUAGACUCAGAAAUCGCUUUAAUUUUGGGGGAAAUUCCGGAUUCUUCACGUUUUAACGAGGACCCAGAAGGGCGAAAAUGGUGGUUGAUUUCAAGAACAGAGCACUGCUCUGGAAAUACUCUGUUUUCAACGAGAGCAAAGUUCAGUGAAAAUGGGGUAAUUCAUGAGAUCUCGAUCAGAUGCAGUGGAGAAGAAGAAGGGGGGAAAAGGCAAACGCCGGGAUUGUGGGUCUGGAUCGAUAAGAAAGCCGUGAUAAGAGUGAAGAGAUUGCAAUGGAACUUUAGAGGAAAUCAGAGUAUUUUUGUUGAUGGGUUGUUGGUGGAUUUGUUGUGGGAUGUUCAUGAUUGGUUUUUCGGGUCAGCCAUGAAUGGAUUUGGAGUGUUCAUGUUUAGAAGGAGGAGUGGAUUGGAGAGUAGGCUGUGGUUGGAAGAAGAGAAGAAUAUCAUUUCUAAUAAUCAUCAUAUUCAAAAGAAUUUGGAUUUUUCAUUGUUGAUCUAUGCAAGUAAGACUUCAUGAUUCUGGAUUCUUUCUUCUUCUUCUUCUUUUCUUUAUGUUUUGAAUUUAUGAGUAGAAUUCUUUGAAGAUAGUGAGAGAUGAGUUUUCUCUCUAUGUCUCUCUUCAUUACAUCUCUCUCUCUCUCUCUCUCUCGCUCUCUCUUAUCUUUUUUUUCUUUCUUAAUUUUAUGUUAACCCACCCGUAUAUUUAUGUUGACACAAAUGUAGUGGUGAAGUUUUGAAUCUCUAAUGAAAAUUAAGGAUAUCUUUGUACAUA